ACGGCGGCGGUUAACGGGCGGAGCUCGAGGCUGCUCUCUGGCGGGCGCGUGAGGCAGAGGCGGUUAGCGGGCUCGUCAAGCAGUUAUGGCGAUGGCGGCUCCGGCUCGAGUCCCGGUCGCGGCUCCGGGAUGCGGUGGCAGCGUUGGGCGGCCGCUGUCGGGCACCGUGCGCCGGCUGCACCGAGCCCUGACAGCGCUGCUGAGCGAGGCGGAGCGCCAGCGAUUCAUCCACUGCCUCAACGAGUACCAGCGGCGGCGCAACGUGUGCGAGCUGGUGGCCAGCCUCGGCCUGUUGCUCGACUGCCCCCGCAAACGCCAACUGCUGCCCCUCCUCCGCCUCGUUAUUCCCCGCUCCGACCAGCUACUCUUCGACCAGUACACGGCCGAAGGGCCUUACCCCAGCAGCCCGGAGAACCGCCUAUUGGAUUCACCUGUUUGUCACCCAGGACAUCUGAAUUUCAGCACUGAUCAAUGGACAUCUCCUCUCUAUCAAAGCUGGGCAAUGAAAGAAAAUUAUGGAGAGAUCAGACAGGUGGCAUUGAAAAGAAAUAAAACACAUGAGGGCUUGGGCUUCAGCAUCCGGGGUGGUUCUGAACAUGGGGUCGGUAUCUAUGUAUCUCUGGUUGAACAAGACUCCUUGGCUGAAAAAGAGGGACUUCUCGUUGGAGACCAAAUUUUGCGAGUGAAUGACAAGGUGUUUGAUAAAGUCACUCAUGCAGAGGCUGUGAAGGUGCUGAAAGGUUCCAAAAAAUUAAUCCUAUCCGUUAGCUCGGUUGGUCGAAUUCCAGGAGGAUAUGUAACCAAUCACAUCUACACGUGGGUGGAUCCAUUGGGUCGAAGUGUUUCACCACCACCUGCUCUUAUUGGGCACAGAAGCAACUCGAUUUGGGGUAAAGAGAGCGAGAGGAAGAGCCAUCUUCAGCUGCUCCGAGAUGGAGAUGAGAAGAAGGUAAACCUUGUCCUUGAAGAUGGCAAGUCCCUGGGCUUGAUGGUUCGAGGUGGUGCUGAGUAUGCCCUGGGAAUCUACAUCACGGGUGUGGACCAGGGAUCUGUAGCAGAAGUCACUGGACUGAAGGUUGGAGACCAGAUUAUAGAAGUGAAUGGAAGGAGUUUUCUCAAUAUUCCCCACGACGAAGCUGUAAAAAUGUUGACAUCUUCUCGCCACCUCAUGCUGACGAUAAAAGAUGUUGGGAGAUUGCCCCAUGCCCGUACUGUGGUGGAUGAGACCAAUUGGAUAAGUGGCCCUGAAAUGAUUGAGACUACUGGAACAGAGAUUGCCAAAGAAGAUACUGGGCAGGCAGUUACAAAGCCGGUGUUUUACAAGGGUUUUGCGGGCUCGCAGGUCAUGCUGAGCAGCUUGGUGAACCAAGCACGAGCCAUGUUGGACGAACAAGCUCGGCAUCUGCUGAAUGAGCAUGAGCAAGCAACCAUGGCGUAUUAUCUCGAUGAGUACACGGAGAACAACAUCAGUGUUCAGGCAUUGGUAAUGGCCCUCUUCGAGCUCCUCAAUACUCAUGCCAAGUUCUCCUUGCUCUCGGAGGUCCGAGGUAUAGUUACACCUCAGGAUCUGGAUAGAUUUGAUAGCAUGGUACUGAGGCGUGAGAUUGAAUCGAUGAAAGCUCGACAGACUUCUAGCACUGGAUCCGAUUCCUACUCUGCCAUGUCCUAUGGGGAGACAGCCUCUUCGUCUGGAAGUUACUACACAUCCACCACCCUCAGUUCUGCCAGGAACGACACGGAUGUCAUGAUGACUGGCCAGCUGCAGGGGGAUUCAGGAGGUUUGCCGGACAUCUCUCUGGACAAUGUGCAGUUACUUAUUGAAAAUCCAUCUGACUUGAGGCUUGCUCCAUUGGAAUCUCCCAACCCUGCCUUUCAACAGCAACAGACAAUGAAAGAUGCAUCAAGAUGGAGCUCGUCAGAGUCAUCACAUUCUGGCCUUUUCUUCAUAGCUCCUCAAAGUCCUUCAUUAACCACCACGAACAUUGACAGUGAAUCCACAAGUGACCGUUCAUCUCUUGCCUCAUCUUCAAUCGUUUCGUUGGAUGAGUCAGUUUGUACAGUGCACCCUAAAACCUCAAAGGCACCGAGCUCAGGGAAUGAGGUGGUGCCACAACUUGCUCACGUUACCAAGCAUCUCAUUGGGCCCUUUCCCAGAGUCAAGUCUCCGGCCCAACUGCUGCCUCUCUCUGAGUCUCCGUCGCCACCCGUCCUGCCACCUCUUUCCUCAGCGGACAAGUUAGCAGCAGCAAAUCAGCACUUUGUCAUGGUGGAGGUUCAUCAGGCAAACAGCGAACCCGAUGUCAAUGAAAUCAGAGCAUUGCCGCACCCCCGAGCUGCAGCCCUGUGCCAGUUGUCUGACACUGGGCAAACACUCAGCGAGGACAGUGGAGUUGAUGUUGCCGAGAUGGGUGGCAACAGCAAAAAUGGCAGCCCGGGCUCUGCUAGCAGCAAAGUCACCAGUGGCAUGGUACGGAAUGGAGGCAACUCUGAGGGCCUCUCUAAACCACCCGGCCUGUUGGAGCCAACCUCUGUUUUGGUGAGGGUCCCAAAGACUGCACCCACCCUGGGCAUUGCCAUCGAAGGGGGAGCUAACACACGGCAACCGCUGCCCCGCAUUGUCACCGUUCAGAGAGGAGGAUCAGCUCAUAACUGCGGGAAGCUGAGAGUCGGCCAUGUGAUUUUGGAGGUGAAUGGAGUGCCGCUGCAUGGGAAGGAACACAAAGAAGCCGCAAGGAGCAUUGCAGAGGCAUUUAAAACCAAAGACAGGGACUACAUUGAUCUCCUGGUAACCGAAUUUAAUGUUGCACUUUAGGAACUACUGUUGCUAACAUUCUUGGAAAGGUGAGACAAUGUGCCCUUACCCUGGGUCCUGGAACAGAAAGAUAGCUCGUAUUUGUGGGGACUUUGUCACUCUUCCCUUGCCAGUGCUGUCAGCUCACCAGAUUUCCCAAUGAGCAGAAUAUCCCAACUCUGGUGCCAGCAACAUCACCUUUAUAGAUCUUCAAUUCGAUGUCAGAUUUCAGAAUCAAGUCCUGAUAUAAGAAUGAAACAUCUUGCUUUCUAAAGAAGUACUUCAAACUCAAAUGUAAUUCUGCCAUGUAACCUGAAUGAGGAAUACUGUUCCAGACCAGUGCACAUGGGUAUGGAAGAGUGAGGUGUCCCUGGAACUGGGGCAAGCUGCUGAGUCCUCUGUGGCUGCUGCCGACUCGCUGUGCUGUGCAGCUGACAACUCACCACCUCCUUGCCAUGAUGGUCAAAAGUCAAUGUCAGAGCAAUGCUUUCUAUUACACACUAGGCAUUGCCACAGGGCUCUGGACUCUGGCAAAUGCCAUGGAAAGAGAGAUUGUGCUUCACCUCUGUAAUGAGCAGAGGUCAGCUGUGGUCUAUGACCUGUCCCUUAUCCAGCUACUGGGGUUGAGCUUGGAGCCAGGUUGGAUAUUUAUGUGACCACCAGCCGACACCCAGUAGCCAUUGAAAAGGUGCAGUUGAUUCAAUGGAGGCAAAGCUUGUCUGUUCCACCAGGUGAACGGUCAUAGUCUGGGUCAGCAGCCAAAUUCCCCCCAGUAAACACCAUGAAAAAGCUGGACCCUUGGCCAAGCAAACAUUGAUAGUUCAGGCAGUGAGCUGGUGUGACGUGGAACAGCCCUGGCCCUAACCCAGCAGCGGCGUGUGGCCCUGUACCACGUGUCAGCUGGCUGCUGAACCCCAUGUACCCAGUUAAACCAACACGAGUCUGAAGAACGGUCUUGACCCAAAACGUCACCUGUUCCUUUUCUCCAGAGAUGCAGCCUGAUCCCGCUGAAUUACUCCAGCACUUUGUGUCCAUCUCCGGUGUGACCCAGCAUCCGCAGUUCCUACACAACACUGGCUCUGCCCGCUCCACUCACUGCACAGAAUCCAAACCAUAGUAACACCCAUGGCAGGUAGCCAUUACUUUGCACAGCGCUAUGGUUCAUGGGUGUUGUUAUGACAACCAAGAACUCUUGAGUUUGCAGCAAUGGGAUAUCUUCUGUUGUCAAAUUAGUUUCACCUUGUGUUCUACUUUCUGUGGAUUUCAAAACCAAGACUGGGCAUAACCUGCCUCUUGGGAUCUCUGCAUUGGAUCUUCAAAAUGCCCCCUGACCUCACUGGAGCAGUGGUGGUCACGAGAUAAGAGCGAGAGAGAGAGAAAGUGCAAAUAUUUCACUCAGCUUCCAUGGUUCAGGUUUUGGUUGGAGUUGAUAUCAAGGAUUGGCCGAAGAUAUUUCAGAUCAUCUGAUUCCUUAAUCCUGAAAUAGGGGCAGAGGGGUUUUUGCUUUUGAGAGCUGACAGGCUGCAGUUGGGAUGGUCUCUUCCCAGUCCUUGCAGAAUCCAGCAAUGGUCACUGUCCAUCCCUCUGUCCAUCCCAGGAGCACCCACCGACUCCAAUUCCACUCAAGGCACUAAAGAAUGGGGCAGGGUGUAGGGAGGGAUAGGGCAGGGUGACAUUGAAGGGAGAGCAGAGUGGGGGCAUGGAGGAGGGAAUGGGUGACAGUGGGGGAGAGAGUGGAGGAGGGAGAGUGAUAGUGAGGGGGGAGUGAUAGUGAGGAGUGGGUGAUGGUGGCUUUGGUUAGGACUAGAGAGAUGAGAAGGUCCUGUGAAAUGAUCUAUCAAAUGAUAACUGAUUAAAGAAUGUGUCAGGAACUGUGGCACAGCUGGGACAUUGUGCAUUCUCUAUCCUCGACCUCCACUUGUUGUCUUGUCCAUGGCUUUGGUGCCCAGAUUGUGCAGCGAUUUCUCCACCACUCAGUCAUCAGUGCCCUCUUGUGCAGCAUUGAUAGUUCCUUUUGUACAUGCCAUUGUUUAUAGACUGAUGAUCUGAUACAGCUUUCUGUACAACAUAAGCUCGUGUCCGUGGUGUUUGUACAGUUUAUUACACUGCCUUGUAAAUUGCUCUUAACCCAAUUCACAAUAUUUGUAAGAUAUGUGCUUUUCAUUUUCCAAUAAACCAGUGGAAGACCAGG